AUGAGCGAAACCUUGCUUUGCAUUCUCCUCGUUACCUCUUCCGCAAAGGGCUCGAAUUUGGUGUACCACUGGCCGCCCUCCCCCACGACGGUGCCCCGCCUCGCGCGGCCUCUGCCCGCGAACGACUUCCCGGGUGCGCUCGCUGACAACCCAUGGCGCGCAGCAAACGGCCACGAAAACGCGGCGGACGGCUCUCAGCCCACACUACCCCGGCUUGCGGUAGACGAUGACAUGGAGUACUACUGGCAGCGCCCGCGUCUCCGGCGCGACAGGUCCGUCUCCUUCACCCAGCCGUCCUCGCACCCGACCUCCCGGCGCGCCUCACCCUCCAAGGAGCCCAAGGACGCGCACGACCUCGACGGCAUGCGCGGCGCCUCCACCGCGAGCCCGCGGCGCGACGCAGCCGGCGGGGGCGGGGGCGGGAGCACAGACGAGUACGGGACGCUGCUCGGGUACUCGGGCGAGUUCCUCGCGCAGAUCCUGUGCCCGCAGCGCUCGAUGUGCCACCAGAAGUUCGAGCUGAUCGUGGACGACCUCGCGUUCGUCGGGCACCCUGUGUGCGCGGACGCGGACGGCGGCUGGCGGUUCCAGGCGGAGAAGGCGCCGCGGGCGGCCGCGCGCGGGCGCGGCUCGAAGAAGGGGCAGUCGCCGCAGGAGGAGGAGCGGCUGCUCACGCCGGAGCGGGCGGCGGAGGCGGGGGCGUAUGCGCGGGAGGCGCAGGUGCAGGCGGAGGCGGGGGACGCGGUGAUGCAGACGUUCCACUUUGUGGUCGUGCUGGACUUGCCGGACCCGAGCUCGUCUGCGUCGGGGAAUAUUGCGAAGUAUUUUGAUACGGUGUAUGAGCAGGUUGCGUUCAACGUGACUGCGGUGCUGUACCAGGAGCAGGUCCUGAGCCGAUAUGUGGAGGCGCAGUCGGAGAUGCUGGGGUCGCUGCGAGACGACUUCGCCAAUAGAGGGGAAUCAUUCGCGGACUUUAUGUACGAAGCUCUCAAGGUAUCCACGAUCGCCCCCAUCAUGAAGACGCUCUACAAAGCUAUCAAGACAAACAUCAUCGCUCGGGCCACACUGCGCGAUACUACCGCUCACGCUCGCAGCGGUCACAUAUCGGUACAUACGCUAGCUGUCCAUCCCCUGCCUCCCUGCCUCCCUCCCUGCCUCCCUCCCACGACCGUCAAUCUCCCUAGAGACAGAGGAGAUCGCAGGGAGGUACUGUCAUGCUUGCUACGCGGUGCCUCCUGGCGACUGCACUCGGCGACGUGGCUCAUCGCGGCCAUGCGCGCGGUGACGCUUCACGAACACCCUACCGACCCCGCAUACUGUCCACCUCUGGACCGCGCCCGCACGCCCGACAGGACACAGGCAAUGCAGGUACGUGGACGAGAUCGAAACGGCACACCUUGA